UAAUGUCUCGUUUUAGACUUUGUCGAAAGUAUUUAAGCAAGUACAACAAAGCGAUUUCAAAUUUCUAAUUGUUUUGUCAACCAACAUUACAGGUGGGUAGGAUCAUAUUCACCACCUACGAAAUGUUGGUCUGACCUUAUUCUCUAGAGACAGCAGCAAAGGCUCGACCCUAUACGAUCACAAUUUCCUGUUAAUUAGCUCUUGAUACAUAGAUACAUACACACCAAAAUGGGGAACACUAUGCUCAAUUGGUACUUCAUCUUAUUUUUCGGCCUUGCUACUUUGCUCCCGACCCUAAUGGCCAACAUUGGCCAAUUCGAUGAGGUGUGGCAAAGGCGAGCAGAGGAAGCGAAAGAGGCUGCCCUUAAUUCCUAUGAAUCAGAUCCUUCAAUAGUCACUGAUAGCUUAAACAAAGAAGUUCGCAGGACUUUAAAGAGCAUCAAAUUGACAAGCAACGCCACUGUGUCAAGCGACAUCCAUUUGACAAGCAACAGCACUAGAAGGUACCUAAAGGGAAAACGAUACGGUGGUCCAUGCUUGGCUACCAACCCAAUUGAUAGGUGUUGGAGAUGCCAACCAAAUUGGCAUCUUAACCGAAAGAGACUAGCAGAUUGCGUCCUUGGCUUUGGUUACAAGACAACCGGUGGUAAGGCUGGAAAAUUUUAUGUUGUGACAGAUAAUUCAGACGAUUCUAGUAAACCAAAACCUGGAACCCUCCGCCAUGCUGUGAUCCAAAAGGAGCCAUUGUGGAUCACAUUUGCGCGCAGCAUGAAUAUUAGGCUAACUGAGGAGUUGAUCAUGCAGGGUGACAAGACUAUUGAUGGCCGCGGGGCUCAUGUAAACAUUAUUGGUGGAGCUGGUAUCACCAUCCAGUUUAUAAAGAAUGUGAUCAUUCAUAAUCUUCAUAUACGAAAUAUUGUUUCUGCCAAUGGUGGCAAUGUCAUAGAUGCCGUUGACCAUAUUGGCUUUAGGACGAUUAGUGAUGGGGAUGGCAUUUCAAUCUAUGGAUCUUCCAAUGUUUGGAUUGAUCAUGUCUCUAUGUCUAACUGUAGGGACGGCCUCAUUGAUGCCAUUGAGGGAUCCACUGCUAUCACCAUUUCAAAUAGCCAUUUCACGGAUCAUAAUGAGGUAAUGCUAUUUGGGGCACAUGACUCGAGCUCACAAGAUCAAAUUAUGCAAAUCACGGUCGCAUUCAACCACUUUGGUAAGAGACUAGUACAGAGAAUGCCCAGAUGCCGAUGGGGAUUAUUCCACAUCGUGAACAAUGACUACACUCAUUGGAACAUGUAUGCCAUUGGAGGUAGCACCCAUCCUACCAUCAUUAGCCAGGGUAACCGCUUCAUUGCUCCUUUGAACCCAAGAUUAAGAGAGGUUACUAAGAGAGAGUAUGCUGAUCAGUCAGUGUGGCAGAAUUGGAUAUGGAGGUCACAAGGAGAUCUUAUGAUGAAUGAUGCAUUCUUUGUUCAAUCUGGAGAUCCGAAUGGGCCUCAAAAGACAUUUACCAAAUUUGAGAACAAAGCUAAGAUAGCAGCAGCACCUGGGACAUCUGUUACUACAAUCACACGCUUCGCGGGUUCACUUCUUUGCUUUCAAGGAAAGCCUUGUUAGGACUUGAAAAUACCUCGUGCAAGUGGUAUAAAACGUAAUUGUUAAAUGAUAAAUGAUACAAAGAAGAAAACGAAUUGUGGGGUUGUUUUAUUAGUGAGAAUGAGAAGGGGAGAGAAAAUAGUGUUUUGUUUUAUUGUGGUGUAAUGCAUUGAAAGGCAAUGAAAUUUGAAUUGCAUUAUCAUUUA